CGCGGGGACCGCCGGCGAGAAGGCUUUCUGCGCAGUGUCCUGAGCUCCUGCUGCUUGCCACAGUUCCCAGUUCGCCUGCCUAUCCAGAAUGGCUCUGAGAAUGGGGUCCAAGGGCUGGCCGUCUCCACUCUCUGCACACCCACUUAGAGCCUACAAGGAGAAAAUGAAGGAGCUGUCCAUGCUUUCGCUGAUCUGCUCUUGCUUCUACCCGGAACCCCGUAACAUCAACAUCUACACUUAUGAUGAUAUGGAAGUGAAGCAAAUCAACAAACGUGCCUCCGGCCAGGCUUUUGAGCUGAUCCUAAAGCCACCAUCUCCUAUCUCAGAAGCCCCGAGGACUUUAGCUUCUCCAAAGAAGAAAGAUCUGUCCCUGGAGGAGAUCCAGAAAAAACUGGAGGCCGCAGAGGAAAGAAGAAAGUCUCAGGAGGCUCAAGUGCUGAAACAACUGGCAGAGAAGAGGGAACAUGAGCGAGAAGUCCUUCAGAAGGCUUUGGAGGAGAACAACAACUUCAGCAAGAUGGCGGAGGAAAAGCUGAUCCUGAAAAUGGAGCAAAUUAAGGAAAACCGUGAGGCUAAUCUAGCUGCUAUUAUUGAACGUCUGCAGGAAAAGGAGAGGCAUGCCGCGGAGGUGCGCAGGAACAAGGAGCUCCAGGUCGAACUGUCUGGCUGAAGCGACAGAGGGUAUGGCACGCCCCACCAAUAGUCAAUCCCCCUGCCUAUAUUAUAAUGGAUCAUGCGAUAUCAGUAUGGGAAAUGUAUGACAUGGUUUAAAAGAACUCAUUAUGAAAAACUAAAAACAGAAUCAAAAAUAAAAAAAAAAUCAAUGCGGUCUCUUUGCAGAAUGUUUUGCUUGAUGUUUAAAAAAUACCUUGGAUCUUAUUUUGUAAAUACUUACAUUUUUGUUAAAAAAUACAAGUAUUGCAUUAUGCAAGUUAUUUCAUAAUCUUACAUGUCCUGUAACAGGCUUUUGAUGUCGUGUCUUUCCACUCAAAUGAAUUUGCUAGGUCUGUUCCUUUUGAAGCUCCUCAUGUCUAACUCCAUCCCCUGCCCUUUUCAUUCCAACAGAACAAUGAGGUCAGUAGACAGUUUAUGGUGCUAGAAACCCACCAUUGCCUAAUGACCUGGAUGGCUUUGUAAUCUCUGAGCUUGUCUAAGACCAUACCUAGAUCACAGGUAUUAUGAUUCCACAUGAAAUUCCACAUUUGUUCGCUCAUAAUCUACUUACUGCCUAGAAACUACAAAACCAAGCUAAGAAAGCCACCAGUCAUAGCAUUUCCUUCUGCUUUUCCUGGAUUAUGUGCCACAGAUGUGUUUUGGCUUUAGAGAGGGAUGGAUGAGUUGACAGAUCUGAGAUCAGUCUGUGUGGAAGCAAAAGCUGAACCUUUGAAAGCGCUGAACACAAAUCAACUGGUUCAAGCAGCCAUGAGAUCGCUCUUCAUAAAGUGGGCUUAAUUCUCUAGUUUAAGUUCUUUUUUAUGGAAUGAAUUAAGUAAUUAAUGUGUCAGGUGGCUUAUUUGUGGAUGCCAUGAUUGAUGAUGUUCAUUUUAAGCUCUUUCCUAUAGUACAAGUACAUGAUGCUACUGAAUAUUUUUCCACUUGGAAACUGUGAGCUGGUUAUUGCAUUGAAACACACACAUUCACAAAAUCUGAAACACUGCGGACUUUCACUCAAGCUGGUCUUUCUUCCCCAGUGUGAGGCAAUCCUGCCUAUUGAAAAAACAAAUUUACUCCAUCUGUGAAGUUAACGCAGUUAAGGGGGGCUAGGCAGGGCAUUUGUGCCAACUAAGAAUCACCAGAUACCCACCUUAAGUACCUAUCGCAGUUUUGAAGUCGUUUCUCCCCCAACUCCCAACUCCUGAAGGUUGCUGCCUGCAUAUUUACUCUUCAUUAGUGCUAUUUUCCUGUAUGUCAUUGUGAGCAAGCUGUGAUUAAUAAAGAAUUGGAGUUCUGU